AUGUGUGGAAUCUUUUUCUCCCUGUCAACAAGGAUCACUCAGCCAAAUCAAGAAACGAGGGGUUUGCUGGAGAAACGAGGUCCGGACAGCACACAGACCCACACAGUGUGCAGGGAGGUCAAGACACAAAAUGCAGUGUCCCAGCUGCAACAGCAUCUCACCUUUAUCUCGACGGUGUUGUCACUAAGAGGUGACCAUGUUUACUCACAGCCACUAAUAGAUUCAUUGACCCAAUCUGUGCUCUGUUGGAACGGCGAAGCUUGGAAGAUCGGCGGCGAACCGGUCAGCGGCAAUGAUACUGAACGCGUCUUCAACUUGUUCUUGCAGGCCGUGAAGAGCGAUUGUAAUGAUGCCUCUCAAAGACUUGCUGAGGCUGCCGCAACUAUCUCAGGACCCUUUGCUUUUGUUUUCUAUGACGCGGUCAAUGCUCGACUCUUCUUCAGUAGGGAUUGUCUCGGCAGGAGGUCUCUCUUGCAGGGGUUCGAGGAAGACGGUAGUCUCAGGAUAUGCAGCAUAUGUGACGGGUCCUCCUCGACAUUGUUUGACGAGGUAGGCUUUGCUGGAAUCUAUAUGAUCAAUCUUGAUGCAUACCAAGACACAUCUGCAUCUCCUAAGGAUCAGUACAAGAUUGAGACUUUGCCGUGGAGCUCUGACCCUACUCCGCCCGCUGGUCAUAUUAAGAACCCAAUCCCGCCGAUGAACAUGUUGAUCCCAACAGAGCAACCGCUGGCAUUGAAACAAGAGACUCCAUGUGUCAUAGCGCUGGAGACAAGGCUGCGUCAAUCACUUGAAUUAAGGAUACGAGAUGUGCCAGAGCCUCCUGGCUAUGUUUCAGGGAGCAGUGCCAAAGUCGCAGUUCUCUUCUCAGGGGGCUUGGACUGCACCCUUCUGGCCCGUCUCUCACAUGAUAUUCUACCGAGCAACGAACCGAUCGAUCUUCUUAAUGUAGCAUUUGAGAACCCUAGAGUCACAGCAGCAGCAAAUUCAAACUCAAAACAACAAAACCCUUCCUCGACAUCGCCAUCACCAUCUCCCAUCUCCGCCUACGAGGCCUGUCCUGACAGGAUUACAGGUCGUUCCGCAUUCGCAGAGCUUCAACAGGCGUGUCCUGGGCGUACCUGGCGCUUCGUUGCCAUUGAUAUUCCCUACACCGAAACAUUAUCACAUCGAGACCAGGUCAAACGUCUAAUGAGACCCCACAAUACAGAAAUGGACCUCUCUAUCGCAUGUGCCUUGUACUUUGCAUCUCGUGGUCAAGGAAGAAUCCACAUCCCCAAUACAGACCCAGAACCCUACGCAACCUCAGCGCGCGUUCUCCUCUCAGGCCUCGGUGCAGACGAGCUCUUCGCCGGGUAUGGCCGCCACGGUAUCGCCUUCAACCGCAACGGCUUCGAGGGCCUGAUCUCCGAGAUCAAUCUCGACGUGAGCCGACUCGGACAGCGCAAUCUUGGCCGUGACGACCGCGUUCUUUCUCAUUGGGGUCGAGAAACUCGCUUCCCAUUCCUGGACGAAGACUUCGUCGCGUGGGUGCUUCGCGCGCCUGUCUGGGAGAAGUGCGGAUUCGGACUUGCUGAACUACCAGACUCCGAUCCAGAGGCACAGACGAUUGCCACGCUUGACAAAGAGAAAAUGGCACUCCGGCUGGUGGCUCUAAGACUGAGCUUGCCAAGCGUUGCUCGUGAGAAAAAGCGCGCUAUCCAAUUUGGUGCGCGCACAGCCAAGAUGGAGAAAGGCCGUACGAAAGGCACCGAUAUCCUGAUCUAA